UCUCUAUUAGGGAAACAAGGCAAGAAAAACAAAUAACAACUAAAAAGGCCCCAUUUUCCCCCUCGGCACCACCACCACCACUCCACAAUGGGAACCAUGAAGCUCUGCCUAUUUCUCCUCCUCGUCGCCGCCGUCUCCCCUCUUUCCUUUGCCUAUUCCGACUGGACUCACGCUUAUGGUGCCCCCGAAUAUGCUUUCUGGGGCUCAUCCACACCUACGGCAACGAUCGAAGACAACCGACGGCUACUUUUUCAAUAUGGAUUUGCUUAUAAAUACCCAAGAAACAGGUAUUUGAGCUACGAGGCACUCAGGAAGAACAAUGUCCCAUGCGGCCAUCGUGGUAGAUCUUACUAUGACUGUAAUCAGCAUCAGAAGGCUAACCCUUAUCGUCGUGGCUGUACCGCCAUCACCGGUUGCGCUCGAUUCACCGAUUAAAUUUUUUUAGAAAAUGAUAUAUGGGAUUAUUGUUUUUAUUUCUUGAUUAAAUGGGGGGUUGGUCUGAUUGUUUAGUGGCUUUUUUAUUUUUUUAAAUCCUGAUGUUUGAAAUAAAUUAUGUUCUUUAAAUGAAUUGGAAAUCCUAACUUGGUUCCAAUUUUAUUUAUUUAUUUCUUGAUUGUAAGU